GUGACGUCGCGUCGGCCCAGGCAGGCGCAGUUUGAGCGGGACUAACUCUGAUUGGCACUCUGGCCAUUGUGCCUGGCUGCAUAGCUGCCAUGUUUUGUUAAUUGUGGGGUGUGUAAAGACAACUUUGGGACUAAACAUCAACCCCGAUCGUAAGGUUUACAAUGGGGGUCUGCAAGGAAACGAAAAAGUAUAGUGAUUAAACCUAAAAACCAAGCAAGCAAGAAGAUAAUAAACGAAGAAGAAAAGAAGUAAUCAACCCAAGCAGCAUAAAUCACACGAAGAAACAAGAGAAGACGAAAUAAGUAAAGAAAGAAAGAAAGAAAAAUAAAAAGAACGAAGAAGCAUUGGAAAAAACACGACUUGGAUUUGACAGCCAGCAUUCGAGUGUCCCUUUUUGGUUUUUUAUCCCGGAAGAGAAGGAACGUUACGUACGGAUUUCCUUUUUCUAUUGAGUUCGUUGGUUUCGUUUUAUUUUUUGAUUUUCUGAUCCGAGUUUCCGUUUCCGUUUUUUUACGAGACGCGAACUAUUUGUAUUUAUAUAUAUAUACAUAGAAUAUUAUACACGAGGAAUAACGACAGAAAGGAAGAAGAGAAAAUAGAAAAGCACUGCAGAUUCGUUCACUCAGAAGAAAGGGAGUCGUCGUUUUUUUUUCCUUCGAUUCUUUUUUUAAAUUUUCGUUUGGGGGAUUAUUUUUGGGACGCCGAUAAAAGAGAAAAAGGAAAGGGAAAGGGAAGAAGCUUAACUUGGGCAAAGGAACAUAUACUUAUGUAACAAACACUUACUUCUUAAACACACACACACACACUCACUCAAAACACACCCACCACACGUUUACGCGCAGGGAUUGUCACGAAUUUACUGCUGAGAUGCGUCUAAUUCAACGAUUGGCACCUACCGAAUAUUUUGUACAAUGAGUAGAAAUCGAGACGUCAUUCUUCGCAAAGUUGCUGUACUCUACAUUAGCAAGCAGUCACACACCUCCCGUGAACUAAAGCACUGCUGAGCAAGAACUAGUAGGAAGGAACAAGAGGCUCGAAGGAUAACAGCAAGAAAGGAGAAGCAAGGAUUCACGGACGGAGAGAUCCACCUCGCAUGGUCUUUUGUCAUCAAAAUAUUUAUUAAGUAUAGUAUGAAGUAUCCACAAUUGGUCUCCAUGCCCUCGGCAGUGUCUGAAUGGCUUGAAGAACAGUUGGAAGCUCGUGGUAUUGAUGCAGUCGUCUACACGCGCUACAUUUUGAGCCUACUAUAUCGUGAUCCAGUCGAUAUAAUUUGUCCUGAUCAAGAUCUGCUGUCAAAUAACGGGAAGGAUUUAAGACGGUCUGGAGGCGGUAGGAAGAGAUUUUGUCGAUCUACAGAUUAUGCACACGCUGAUGCGGACCAACUGAAACGCUCGGCCGCUGUUGAAUGUCUUAAGUCUGCCUCUGACCAGAAAUGCGGUAUUGAAUCGCUGGUGGAUGAGCUGUGCGAGAAACUGAAAGAGGUGAAAAGCGAUACUACGACCGUAGAGUUGUUUGAGCAACCUGCAAGGAGCAGCAUCGGUGAGCAAUCCCAGCGGAAGAAAGGCACAACCAGUCAGGACCCCGCGAAGCAGUACUACGCGGCUUUCCCGGCCCUAUCCGCUUCCGCGGCCUCUCCGAAGUUGAUCACUUUGAUUCCCAAGUGGUUCGGAUCGCCGAAGAAGAAGGGCCCCAAGCGCGGCGGCCAGAGUCGCUCCUCCAGCUGCGAGGAGAAGCUCCACUUACGCGUGGAUGCAGCGGAUAAUAUGAAAGCGCGCGCUGCCAACAAGAGGUUUAACAAUUACUACAACAGGAAUAAUAACAAUAAGGCAGUCACUAGAAAACCUCCUGUGGUCGAGAUGAAUAGCAGCGACCCGUGGGACAUGUACAACAAUAACAACAACGUGAAGAACACCAAGAAUCUGGAGGCUAUCUGGGAUUCGGUGCCGAUGGAUAACGCGAGUAUGUACGAUGAUUUGCCGGUGGACAUAAGGGAUCUGCUGGAUUCGCCGCCGCCAUCGCGUCAAGAUUACGCGGAGAUCAAUUUGGCAUUCAUGGGCAAUAAUGGAGAGAAGAAGAAGAAUAAUUUCAUCCAGUGCGGCACCAAUAUAAAAGCCUCCAUCUGGACGACGGCCACCGCUCCCAUGGAGUUUUUCGAUAACUGCUACAACACGAAAAUUGAUUCCCUGGAACUGAUUCCCUCUUGGCCGGUGGAGGUGAAAGAGAACGCGACGAAUUCGUUCUUCGAGACGUACAACUUCGGCAACGACGAUGUGGCCCCUUGGAAACUAGAGAAAUGGUCCGAGAACGAUGAUCUCGAUGCCGAACUUGAUGAUGAGGUGGCGAAGAGUCUUAUGAAGUUGAAUCACUGCAGCGAAGAGAGCGGCUUCGUAGAGUACAAGCCGCUGCCGCGUCUUCCCAAUUACGGGCAAGCUGCGAAGCCGCCGGCGGCUGCGAAAUUGCCGAUUGUCACUGACGACAAGGAUGACCUGUUGAAUUCUGCGAGUAGCCACUUCAAGCCCAUCAAUGAGAAGGCGGAGAGCGGUAACAGCUUGAACGGGCGGUACGCGGACGGCACAACGUUCGUGAUUCCGAGCACCUUGGAUAAGGUUAACUAUAAGAGGAGCGACAGUGGCCUGUUGUACGUCGAACCGGAGUUCGGUGGAAUCCCGAAAAAGUAUUUCGAGCACAAGAAGGUCAGCGAUGAGCUCACGAUUAAGGUGCGCGUCAAGCAAAACGACAAGGCAUGUCAAACGGACGGCGAUUUUUAUGUUUGCGAUUCGGGUCUGGCGACCAGCGGCGGUUCCGCAUCCACCUCCUCGGUAGUCAGCCGCAGCGAGGACUACUUCUGCUUUCCCGGGGAGCAGGAAUUGUUGCGGAUGCAGCAACAAGAUCAAGAACCAGAUCAGACCAAGUGCAGCUGCUGCUACGGGUCUCUGGAUCUUUGUAGCGAGUGCCUUCAGGAGAAAUUGGAGAGGGCGGACAGCGUCGUAGCCGAGAUCUUCGGUAAAGACGUUGUGAAAUGCGAGAAGUGCAACAAGGAUUGCCAAGAGAAUAACAACAUUUGGAGCGAUGUGUGCAUGGAAUGCAUCAAUAUGGUUGGCGGCGAGGUGGGUGCGGUCGGGGACGUGGGUCUGGUCACCGAGGAGAGGGAUCAGUUCCGUGAAGACAUCAGGCAGGAUUGGGAGGAAUUGCUGACGGACAUCAGCAGCGUACACAGGAACAAUCUGGAGCAGCUGCCGGUGGCCGAGGUCAGCUGCAAUAUAAACGAGCUUAUAACUGGCGCCGCCAAAGAGUGGAAGCCUUUACCAAUGCACUCGCAAUCCUUCAGCUUCGCCACUCGUCUCCAGGAGGAUUGCCUUUUGAAGUUGGCCCCCAUCCCGACCCUCCGCUCGGUUACGCUCUGAAUUAUGCCUCGAGGUAUGUUUUUUAGCUUAUUUUUUUUUACGAUUAGUGUUUUCCUUGAAAAAUAUUGUAAUAAUGAGAGAAACUGCCAUAUUAAUUUUAGCGCAGAAUUGUUCGAUUCCUCCUCAUUCCCAAAGGGAAAACACUAAUUUAUAUAUACUACAUACAAUAUUUAUAUAUAUACAAAAAAAAAUGCUUAUACAUUUAGGCUACAGAACUUCAAUCACAUAUCAAAAAAAAACAAGAUUUUUGUCCGCUCCCUCCUAUCAAAUCCAACGCAACUAACAAAACUUACAAUAUACUCGCAGUACCAAAAGAAAAACAACCAAAUUAAAACUCCCCGAAGUUCUGGUUAUUUUCGUUUGUUUGUACCAAUUCGUUCGCCUAAAAAAAUAUUGUUAUAUAUACAUAUAAUAUCGUAAACAAAAAAAAAAGUUUAAAAACACAAAAAAAAGAUUAUAUGAUACGGAAAAGGAACAGUUUCCUCCCCGUAUAAACGCAGGCCCCCCGCGCGCGAAAGGAGGCUAAACCAAUCCCCCCACACCCAUUUCUCCCGCCCCCCC